AUGGCCGCUAAUAAAGAAGACAUAAUUAACGCAAAGGUUGCUCUCGAUAACAGAUUGUUAGGCCUGCUUUUUCGGCAAAGCGCGGAUCGUGGCCAAGAUCGUUAUAAAGAAGUAAUACCCGAAGCUGUUCCCUUUAGGCAGGAAAAUAUCAUUCCACUUCCACCGCGUUUGCGCGAAAUUGUUGAAGGCACAACGCACGGAAUUCACGUUCUUUUAGGCUGUUUACCUUACAUAAACGCGGUUUAUUUCGUGGUAAAUGACAACUUAUUCAUUUGGGAAUACGAUAAAGGAAAUAACGAUAAUGCUAUUGCACAUAUCGAUGUACAUCCAUUACAAGAUCAGAUCAUAAAAAGUGUAGGCCUUGUUAAACCAAGAGCUGGCCGUUUCAUUGAUAACGCCCAUUAUGUCUUAGUUAUUGCUACGGACAAGGCGAUUUACGUGUUUGGUUUCAGCUCAAAUCCUGAUGGAAUAAUUUUUCACGAUAUGUCGUCAGAUAGAUAUCGAACAGAUUAUAGCAAGAAAGAAAUUGGUUCAAUAAUCGGCACCGAUGAUGGUCGUAUUUUCCUUAUAGAUGCUGGCGAACUCUGUGAGCUUGUUUACGAGGAUGAAGGUUGGUUUUCAAAACCAUGUAGAUUAGAAAUUCAUUCUCAGAGUUCUGUUAGUCAACAUUUACGAUGGAUCUGGCAAACGUCAUCGGAUUACAAAUCUAUUGCAAUUGAUGAUACGCGACACAUGUUAUACGUUAUGUCUGCUCAUCGUAUUGAGGCAUAUUAUAUACAAAAAGAUGCUGCAUUGAAAUUAAUAGGAACAUACUCAAUUAAUGAUGAUAAAUCGAUGAUGCUUAAAGGUCAUUUGGUGUCGAUACAUUCAAUAUUGAAUACCGAUUCACCUUAUUUCUGGCUUCUAGCAGUGACAAAUACUGGGCACCGUGGAUAUUUUACCUGUUAUAUUGGAAAUAGAGGGUAUAAUUGGUGGCUAUACUCAGAAACACCUGCAAUGCUAAAAACAAAAGAACCAAAUGGUUUAUAUAUACUUGAAGUACAUGAUCCACCACCUCAAAAUCAGCAGCCCAUGCCUCAACAAACUAGAUUAGAAUAUCAAAAAUUCCGUUAUUUUCAUGGUAUCUUCUUUGCACAACGUAGAGAAGGUGGUAUAGAAAUGUUGUCUACCACAUGUCCAAAUUAUGGUCUAAUGUUUAGUAGAUUUAUUCAGAACCAAGAACCAAUUUUUUCUGAGCAUCAUUAUACUGCCCCUCUUCCAAGCAUCUUCGAUAUUCAGGAAAUUUUUGAUCCAUUAUAUGACCCAAAAAAAUCAGAUGAAUAUUCAAAUGAAUUGAUAAAUCAAUUCAAUUCUCCACCUCGAAAAUUCAUUCUGUAUACUUUAAAUGGAAUUAUAAUUUGGGCAAAACAGCGGCCUAUUGAUCAUUUGGAAAACAUGUUAAAAAAAAGUCAUAAUAGAGAGGCAUUAAAAUCCUUCAUUGAAAACUAUGGACCUGAACAAACUUCAGCAAUGUGUCUAUUGAUUGCGAGUAAUGAAAGUCACGCGUUUAUGCAAACUUUUGCAGGAUCUGCUUUUUGCCUGGCAAGGAUACUUCGCCCUGUUUGGCGUCAAAGAAUUCUCAAACCAAGCCCUAACAAUACCAAUCCUGAUAGACGCGACACGAAUAUUCCUGAGCCAAUACUUAAAAGCAUAGUCUCUAAAUUAACGAAAUUAAAAGAGUUUUGUGAUAGACAUCCGAUGUUCAAGUCGCCUCCACAAAUGCUUGGCGAUGCUUCAACUGCACAAAGCGCAUCAUUAAGUUCUUUAUACGAUUUGCUUGUUACACUCUCUGAUGCAAUAGGUUUCAUAUUGCUAAUGAUUGAAUACAAUUUACCUGAAAUCAUAGCAAAUAUUUCUAAGAGUUCACAACAAGUCGUCUUUCAAUCGACUUACGAAAAAUUGGUUACGUAUCAACACGAUAAUAAAAUCAACACAGGUUUCACCCUGUCCUAUAAUGAUAAUAAAUGA